AUGGCCGUCACUCACCAAACAGCCAAGACGCAGUAUGCGGACGCAGGAGAACUUCGCUAUGCAUACCGUCGAUUCGGCAACACCUCAAAGACCUCCGUCCCCAUUCUCUUCCUGAUCCAUUUCCGAGGCACCAUGGACUUCUGGGACCCGUUGCUGGUAAACUCGAUCGCCGCACAGCGCGAGGUCAUCCUCUUCGAUAACGCGGGCGUCGGGCAAAGCACCGGCACCGUACCGCCAACCGUCAAAGAGAUGGCCCAGCACGUCAUCAAAUUCCUGGAGCUCAUCCACGUCAAGGAACUCGAUAUCCUCGGCUUCAGCAUGGGAGGCUUCAUCGCACCGCUGGUGCACCUGAACGGGCCCAAGGGCCUCGUCCGCAAGCUCAUCAUCGCGGGCUCAGGGCCCAGCGCCGGAGAAGGCAUCCUCAACCACUCGGACGAGCAGAACACCGAAGUCGGUCGGCUGGCGGGCCAACCAACACCAGGCUUCGACGACGGGCUCGGCAAGCUGUUCUUCGCGCCCACGCCCACCAGCCAAGCAGCGGGCCAGGCGUUCUGGAACCGCAUCCAGGAACGCAACAAGUCGACCAGCGGCGAGGAGCGGAGCAACUUCGUCUCGUGGGGCUACGAGGACGGCGGCGCCGGCGUCACCGCCAUGGUCGCUGCCCUCGGCGCAUGGGGCAAUCCCGAGAACAAGGCCGACGGCGACUAUGAUCGUCUCGCGGACAUCACGGUGCCCGUGUUUGUCGGGCAGGGCUCCAACGACUUCAUGAUCCCCACGGUCAAUAGCUUCGUCAUGGAGCAGAAGGUGCCCGAUGCCAGGUUGAAGAUCUUCCCGGACUCCGGCCAUGGGUUCCUGUACCAGUAUGCCGAGGAGUUCGCUGGCGAUGUGAAUCGCUUCCUUGAUUCGGCUUGA